AUGAGCUCCAAACAUACUGCUAUGUUUCUGGGUAAAAUUUUGUCGAAUUCUUCGUCUAAAUUCUCCACUUUUGCCGUCGCUUCUCCACAUUAUCAAUCAUUUCUUGUACCAAGAUCCAAUUUUGAUAACAAAAUUAGACACUUUUCAGCUUAUCCCAGAUUCGAUUUCGAAUCAUUGCGUGAAGCCGUUACUCUGUUUCGGGAGAUGCUGAGAAUGCGGCCGCGCCCUUCCGCCUCUAAUUUCACGAAAUUGUUGGGUGUUGUGGUCAAGAUGCAACACUACCAUGUUGCCCUCCAUCUGUUCGACGAAAUGCUUAAAAGCGAUGCUCCUCUAAAUCACUACACCUUGAAUAUUGCGAUCGAUUGCUUCUGCCGCCUGAAAAGACCGGAUUUCGGGUUUGCGGUUUUAGGCAGUUUUUUCAAGCGCGGGUUCGAGCCUACUGUGGUGACCUUUAACACCCUCAUCAAAGGGCUUAUGUUGGUUCGAAAGAUCGAAGAGGCUGCACGACUGUUGGGGAAGUUGUCGGCCGAGAAACUGUGCGAUCCCAAUGAACGCACGUAUAAUGCUAUGAUCAACGGGUUAUGCAAAGCUGGAGCUACUUUCAAGGCGCUUGAAUUGCUCAAUCUAUUGGAAAACGAAAGCUGCAAACCUGAUGUUUAUGCUUACAAUAUCGUUAUUGAUGGUCUAUGCAAGGAUGGAAAAGUGGAUGAUGCUCUCCAACUCUUCUCCACUCUCCGUGAUAAGGGGAUAUCACCCAAUGUUGUGACCUAUAAUUCAAUAAUCGAAACGCUAUGUCAUUAUAAUAGAGGGAACGAGGCUGAAGACGUGGUGAAGGAGAUGCUGGCUAAAAAUGUCUACCCAAAUGUGGUUACCUAUAGUGUUUUUGUAGAUUCUCUUUGCAGAGAGGGGAGGAUGGGAGAGGCGGAGCGUAUGUUGGUCAUUAUGAAGCAAAAUGAUGUUCAACCCGACAUUGUCACAUACAUUAGCUUGAUUAAUGGAUAUUGUAUCCGUGGAGACAUGGAUGAAGCUGAAAACGUUUUCCAAUUGGCAGAGAAAUCUGGCAUCAAGGCUGAUUUUGCAACCUAUUGUAUCUUAAUGAGUGGGUACUGCAAAAAAGGGCGAGUGGAUGAAGUUUCACGCCUUUUUGCUAUGGUUCGUGCCAAAGGGUUUGAACACGAUGUGGUUUCCUAUACCAUAAUGAUUGAGGCCUUAUUUCGUGAAGGAAAAUGUGAAGAUGGCUUCAAAUUAUUCAGAGAGAUGGAAGCUCGUCGAGUGUCUCCUGAUGUAAAGACAUACACUGUCUUGUUGGAUGGUUUAUGCAGAGCUAAUUGUAUCAAUGAAGCAUUUUCGAUGCUACAUACCAUGGAAGACAAAGGCGUGAUUCCAAAUAUAGUAACAUAUUGUGUCCUCAUCGAGGGAUUGUGCAAAAAUGAUAAAGUUUCGCAAGCAAGGGAUGUGUUCGACGAACUUCCAUCCAAAGGUUUGCAGCCCAACGUUGUAACAUAUACGGUUCUUGUUGGUGCGUAUUGCAAACGGAGGCAGAUGGAUGAGGCGAAGGAUUUGAUGACGCGGAUGGUAAGCAGCGGUUGCUUACCCGACACUGUGACGUACAAUGUUUUUGUGCAAGGUCUUCUCAAGUGGAACAAGAUCGACGAUGCGAUUCCGUUGUUGGAAGAGAUGGAUUCAAGGGGAUUCAAGCUCAACUCCGCCACUUUUUCUAUGCUGAUUGAACCUCUGCAAAGAGAAGGCAAAGAUAAGGCUCUCUUUGAUAUAGUGAAGAAGCUUGUACCAAAGGACAUUUGGUCUUGAUUGAAACUGGUUAAAUGACAUUAACUAUGGAUUUUGAAUGUGAGAAUGUAAAAUUAAACCUUUUGUAUUUUAUUUUUUAAUGUUGAUAAAAUU